CCCUACUAGUCAGAAUCCGGCCGUCAGCCGUACCGACAACUUCGUAGGGUCGAAAUAUACCUUUUCCCUUUUUUCCUUUUAUAUAAUAAGUCAGUACUAUUAUUCCUACACAACUAUUUCGGUUAUUCGUUGUAACAUAAGUGAAUAAUCAACUACACUAUUUGUGUUAUUUAUUAUUGUGCAUUUACGGAUUACAUUUAUUUGUGCAGUGUUUUUUUAAUAAUUGUUGUCCUCCAUCAUUUGGAUUACCAGGAGGUCAACAAAUUUUUAAUUACUGACAGACAUUUUAUUUUAAAAAUAAGAAAAAAAAAACUAUUGCAAAAUGCUUGUCGAAGAAAUGCCGCGUAGUUUUGUGAAAAAGAACAACAGUUACAGCCACUGUCCGUUGAAAAAACGGCCAGUCCAUGUGCUGUAUGAGGAAGUUCCCGAAUCUGUCAAAGACGAAAUCAUCGACGUAGUGACAGACGACAUCCCAGAGCCAGAAAACUUGAGCACAAAACCAGAAGAUCUGAGUCUCACGGCUGAAAAAUUGAGACCACGUUCACUAUCACGGUCACCGUCACCCUGUGCCAAAGUACCCCGUCAUUCAAUCGACCAGUGUUCACCGCUACGUGUGACAGCAAUCCAGUCUCUCCAACCAACAGCAAUUCACCAUCAGUUACAUUAUCCAUCAAAACCAAUAACUCCGCCCGUUGGCAUCGCGCCAGUGAAUCAAAUCGUCAAGAAAGAACGAGUCGAAGUGAUCCAACACGACGGCGGUUCAUCGUCAUCAGCAUUGUCACCAAUAAAUUACUUGGCGACAAAAACACCAUUGGAACCAUUGAAUCUCAAUACACCAGUAGAACCAGUCGCUCACUACGCGACACCAGCUUGGACCCGGGCUCCACUUUAUCCGCCCCAUUACUUGCCGUACUCACCAGCUUACCGUUUUCCCCAGCAUCCGACUGGUGAACUCUACCCGUCAUAUCCUCUGGCAGGAUAUCAUCCACACUCGUCACCAGAGCAUGCAUCGCUUUCACCGCCACCUCAUCAUGCAUCAUUGACAUGUCCGACAAUACAGAGACCAAUUCCUCGUAAUUACUGGCCGGCAUCAAGUCCAGAUCAUUGCACUCUAUCGCCAACAAGUACAAUGAGCUACGGUCCACUUCGAUCACCUCCACCAGUGACACCCGAAGAUUUAUCAUCUCCUGGAAGUGACAGUGGUCGUUCAAGUGCCGGUUCAACAUCAGCCGGGUCAACAAUUCUGAUGAAAAUGGACUCGGCAUCUCAAAAUAUCGUCGGAACACCAUCAGCAGCAUCAACAGUUUCAACAAAUUCGUCAUCGUCACCCCGAUACCAAUGUCCUGAUUGUGGCAAAUCGUAUUCUACUUACAGUGGACUAUCAAAACAUCAACAAUUUCAUUGUGCUGCUGCUGAAGGUCAAACUAAAAAAUCAUUCUCGUGUAAAUACUGCGAAAAAGUUUACGUCAGUCUUGGUGCACUGAAAAUGCACAUAAGAACGCACACGUUACCGUGCAAGUGUCAUCUGUGCGGAAAAGCAUUUUCACGUCCCUGGUUACUACAGGGUCAUAUUAGAACACAUACUGGUGAAAAACCAUUCAGUUGUCAACAUUGCAAUCGUGCAUUUGCUGACCGCAGUAAUUUACGCGCACAUUUACAAACACACAGCGAUGUCAAAAAAUAUUCGUGUAGUUCGUGCAGUAAAACAUUCAGCAGAAUGUCACUUUUGACGAAACAUCAAGAAGGCGGCUGUCCUGGUAUCAAUGUACCUAUUGGUUACAAUUGUUAAUUUAACUCACACAUAUAUUAUAUGUACAUAUAUAUCGUCUUUCGUGCAUUCCACUUUUGUAAUAAGUAAUUUAAAAAUUAAUAUUUAUGAUAAUUAAUACAGAUUAUUAAUAUAUAUAAUAGACAUAUAUAUUUAUAUAUAUGUAGAAUAAGUGCCUUAAUUUUUGAGACGACAGACUGUUUUUGUGAGUACAAACAACAAUUGCGCGUGAACAAUUAUAAUAAUUAGGUUUUUUUCGGAGUUUUCUUUAUUUAUAUUUAUUCAUUUUUUUCGGGUUUUUAUUAAUUAUUAUUAUUACUAUUUUUUUUGACACUGAAAUCAGCCGUCUAAUAGCUUUUGGAUGCUUUUAAAAAUGAUAAAUUGAGAAAAAAAAAAAUAUUCAAAAAAAUGCACCUAUAGAUUUUUCAAUUUUCUAUAUGUGCAUUUUUUUAGUUUUUUUUUUUUUUUAAUUAAAAAGUCCAAAAAUAGUUAAUUGUCUGCUGACUUCGGGGUCAUAAUUUUUUUAUAAAUCAAAAUUUGUGUUUUUUCGUUUUGUACUUAGGGUAAACGUGUGUGCCUUUAUAUUUUUUUAAAGUAAUUGCCAUAUCUUGCUAAUCACGCGUGCGUCUUUGAUUUCUUUUUUUUUUUGCCAGAGAGAAACCGCUUGAUGCGGUACCGUGAAACUUUAGUGCCAUUUUUUAUUUUCAUGGUUAUUUUUUAUGACAAUUCGAGAUUUGAUAACUUUUUUUUUUGAAAAAUUCAUCGGAUUUUUCUAAUGCGUCCUAAUGCCAUUUUUUAUAUUUUAUGUAACUUUUAAGCGCUUGAUAAUUUAUAGAUUUUUUUUUUGCAUUAAGAGUAAUUAUGUGUAAAUAAUUAAUGAUAAUUGACUUUAAUUAUUUUAAAGCAAAAAAUAGUGAAAAAAAGAAAAAUAAAAAAAAUUUAAUACGCUGACAAAAAAUACUUUUGAUAAUUAAUUUCUUCGCUCCGAUUUUUCGAUAAAUCGUUUGAGUUGUAAGACAAAAUUUUUUAUUUUUCAAUUGUCGGUUGUAUUGUUUUUUUUUUUUUUUUAUUUUCAUACAAAUAUUUGAACAAACUAGUCAUUGUAUAAAACAAAAAAUUAAAAAUUAUUGAGUGUAUAAACGAGAGGGGGAGAGAUAAAUAUUUUUUAUGAAAUCCAAUUUCAUAUUGAGAGCUCUCAAUAUUUUUUUUUUUACACAAAUUUUGAUGUUCGAAAUUAGGACCAACAUAUAAAUUAUGUGUAAAAAAAAUAAUAAAGAAAUAUAAUAUAAUUGCGAGACUCAGGGCGAGUACCAUAUUUUAUAAGAUUUUGUAUAGAAAUUUUUCUAAAAUUAAAUUUUAUAUAAAAAAAACAAAUAUCUUUUAUAAAUAGA